AUGCCUGGCCUCGUCUCGGCGACCGGCGUCCUGGCCUUUCUGGCCGACGAAGAGCCCGAGCUCAAAGUCUUUGCCCUGCAGACGCUCAACGAUGAUAUCGACACCGUUUGGACCGAGGUGGCCGGAGCUCUGAGCCAAAUUGAGGCCUUGUACGAAGACGACACUUUCCCCGAGCGCCAGCUGGCUGCCCUCGUCCUGGCCAAGGUCUACUACCACCUGCAGGCCUACAACGAUAGCAUGGUCUACGCCCUCGCCGCCGGUGACCUCUUCAAGCUCGACGCGCCCGGCGAGUUCGAGGAGACCAUCAUCUCCAAGUGCGUCGAUCAGUAUAUUGCCGUCACCGCCUCCAAGCACGCCAAGCCUCAGGCCUCCAAGAACGCCGACCUGCCUGAGCUCACAACUACCUUCUCCAACGCUUCCGAUGGCGCCGUCAUGUCCCCGACGACACCCUUUUCGCAGACGACCCUCCCGCCCAAGUCUCUUCUCUCCCGCGCGUCCAUCGACAACACCAUUUUCGAUGCCACCUUCCAGCCUCUGACCAAGCAAGGCCGUUCGGCGUCAAUCGCCCAACUCCCCGACAGCGCCACCGAGGCCUCCCUGCAGCGUGUCAUCGAACGCCUCUUUGACAGCUGCCUGAAGCAGGGGCGCUACAGGCAAGUUGUCGGCAUCGCCGUCGAAGCCAAGAACCUCGAUAUCUUGCGCCGGGUCAUUAAGCGUGCCAGCGAGGACGAGAAGCGAGCAAAGACAAAGUCGCAAGACGCUCCGGGUCCUGCCGAAGAGCUGAUGGAAUACUCCUUGGGCAUCUGCAUGGACAUUGUGCAGGAGCGUGGCUUCCGCACCGAGAUUCUCCGCCUCAUCCUCGACCUGCUCAACGAUAUACCGAACCCAGACUACUUCGCCAUUGCGAGGUGUGUCGUUUACCUCAACUCGGACGAGGAGGCGUCACGCAUGCUGCGCACGCUUGUUGACAACGGCGAUCGCACAUCAAUCGCCAAUGCCUACCAAAUCGCCUUCGACUUGUACGACAACGGCACACAAGAGUUCCUCGGCAAGGUGCUAGAUUCCCUGCCCUCGGGGAAGCAGCUGGAGAAGGCAGAAGAGGAGGUGACUGAGGAUUCUAACAAGACCACCUCGGAAGACGCCCCCUUGUUGGAGAACCAGCAGGAGGCACCCGAAGAAGCUCUGCCUGAAGGCGUCGCCAAGGUUUACCGCAAUAUUCGAUCCAUCCUGGACGGCUCCAAGACGAUCCGCCUCAACCGCGAAUUCCUCUACCGCAACAACCACACGGACCUGAGCAUUCUCAACAAGGUCCGCGACAGCCUCGAGGGCCGCAACUCCAUCUUCCACACGGCCGUCACCUUUUGCAAUGCGUUCAUGAACCAAGGCACCACCAACGACAAAUUCUUCCGGGACAACCUCGACUGGCUCGGCAAGGCCGUCAACUGGUCCAAAUUCACCGCCACUGCCGCCCUGGGCGUGAUUCACCGCGGGAACCUGUCGCAGUCCCGCAAGCUGUUGGAGCCGUAUCUGCCCAGAGCGGGUGGACUGGGCAGCGGCUCCAUCUUUAGCCAGGGUGGUGCCCUGUACGCCUACGGCCUCAUCCACGCCAACCACGGCGCCGACGCGCUCGACUACCUCAAGACGCAGUUCACUCAGGCUGAGGAGGAGGUUGUCCAGCAUGGAGGCGCUCUCGGCCUGGGUAUCGCCGGUAUGGCGACUGGCAACACCGAGAUCUUUGAGAAGCUCAAGGAAAUCCUUUUCCAGGAUUCGGCGCUCAAUGGUGAGGCCGUUGGCCUCUCCAUGGGUCUCAUCAUGCUCGGCACAGGCAACGCCAAGGCACUCGAGGACAUGAUUACCUAUGCCCAUGAUACGACCCACGAGAAGAUUGUCCGCGGCGUCGCCAUGGGCAUGGCGCUCAUCAUGUACGGCCGACAGGAAGGUGCCGAUGUUGUCAUCGAGGGCCUUCUCAACGACCCCGACCCGACGCUCCGAUAUGGUGGCAUCAUGACUGUUGCCCUGGCUUACUGCGGCACCGGCAGCAACAAGGCGAUUCGUAAGCUCCUGCACACCGCCGUCAGCGACGUCAACGACGAUGUUCGUCGCAUCGCCGUCAUGAGUCUGGGCUUCAUCCUCUUCCGCAAGCCCGGCAGCGUGCCACGCAUGGUUGAGCUGCUCUCCGAGUCGUACAACCCUCACGUCCGCUACGGCUCUGCCAUGGCCCUGGGUAUCUCCUGCGCUGGCACUGGCCUCGAUGAGGCCAUCGACUUGCUGGAGCCCAUGAUGAAGGACCCGACGGACUUCGUCCGACAGGGUGCCCUUAUCUCGCUGGCUAUGAUCAUGGUUCAGCAGAAUGAGGUGAUGAACCCCAAGGUCUCAUCCAUCCGCAAGACGCUCAAGAAGGUCGUUGGUGACCGCCACGAAGACGCGAUGACCAAGUUCGGCGCCGCCCUUGCCCUUGGCAUCAUCGACGCCGGCGGCCGCAACUGCACCAUUGGGCUCCAGACUCAGACGGGUAACCUCAACAUGGCGGGCAUCGUCGGCAUGGCUGUCUUCACCCAGUACUGGUACUGGUUCCCCUUUACUCACUUCCUGUCACUGAGCUUCUCGCCCACAGCCAUGAUCGGCCUUGACCACGACCUCGAAAUGCCCGACUUCAAGUUCCACUGCGCGACGCGGCAGAGCUUGUUCGACUACCCGCCUGAGCAGGAGGUCAAGACUGAGGAGGGCCCUGCUCUGAUUGCCACGGCCAUUCUCUCGACGACGGCGCAGGCGAAGCGAAGAGCGCAGAAGAAGGAGCGUGCCCAGCGUCGCGAGAGUAUGGACAUCGACCCGACCCCCAGCAAGGCUGGAGACAAGAUGGAGGUCGACGAGGAGAAGAAGAAGGACGAGCCCAAGGAGAAGAAGGAAGGUGAGGAGAAGGAGGCGGCUACGCCCACCGACUCGAAGAAGAAGCCGGAGAAGGAGAAGAUUGGCUACGACAUGGAGAACAUGAGCCGUGUCCUGCCCGGGCAGCUCAAGUACAUCAGCUUCCCCGCUGGACGGUACAAGCCUGUCAAGAAGCCCACGGGUGGGCCCCUGCUCCUCGACGACACACAGCCCGAUGAGCCCAAGUCUCUCAUCGAGGAGAAAUUGAAGAAGGUGACGACGGAGCGCGCUCCCGUCGCCGGCCAGCCCAGCGCCGCUCGCGCAAGCCGAGCCGCCGCGAACCGGUCGCUGUUGGAGAGCCUCGCGGCGGACCACGGCCGCUCGCCGCACGGGAGCAACGCCAUGCUGGACAUGUUCCGCCAGCAGCAGGGCCGCUCGCCGUUUGGCCUCGUGGAUCCGCAGACGCCCGGCGGCGACGCCGGCAUGGGCUCCGGCGCCGCGGCGGCGGCGGGCGUCCUGACGGCGGUGGACGAGGACGCCGAGGGCGACGAGGAGGCGCAGGUGCCGGGCGAGUUUGAGUACUUUACCGACGCCGAGGACGACGAGGAGUAG